CGCGCGACGUCGAGUACGCGCUGCCAAAAAUGCCUCAAGACCGGCCACUUCACUUACGAGUGCACCGGAUCGCGUCCCUACGUUGCCCGUCCUUCGCGGACGAAACAGCUGCGCACUGGUGCCGGUCUCCCAGCCGGUGGGGGGCGCGACCAACCCAGCGUGGAGCUGCCGGACGAGUUCCGGUCCCGU